AUGUCAUGGAAUUGUCGAGGGCUUGGGAACCCUCGAACAAUUCGAAUCCUUAGGAAGAUCACUAAGGAAAAGUGCGCCAACUUAGUUUUCCUUGUGGAGACUAAGGCCAAUAAGUCUAGAAUGGAAACAGUAAGACAAGUCCUCAAGUUCGAUGGGUGUUUUGUGGUUGAGAGCUUGGGCCUGUGUGGAGGACUAGCAAUCCUAUGGAAGGAAGAGUGGCAAGUCAGAGUUAUCAACUAUACUAGAUGGCACAUCAGUGCCAUGGUCAUGGAUAAAACUGAUUGCAUACCCUGGCAGUUCACUGGAUUUUAUGGACAUCCUGAAACAGGCAAGAGAAAUGGGAGCUGGGAGCUGUUGAAGAUGCUGAAACCUGAAUCGAGGAUACCAUGGGUGUGUGCAGGUGACUUCAAUGAAAUACUACACCAGAAUGAGAAGGUAGGAGGUCAGGGCAGGCCCUACAAACAGAUUGAGAAGUUCAGACAGGCUUUAGAACAAUGUGGAAUCCGAGAUCUCACCUACUCUGGGCAAAGGUACACAUGGUCCAAUAACAGAAGGGGAAGGGGCUUUACAAAGGAAAGGAUUGAUAGAGCUAUGGCCAAUAGAGAAUGGUUGGAGCUCUUUCCAUCUGCGCUGUGCCAUGUAAUGACAGCUGUUAAGUCAGACCAUUCUUCCCUAAUCACCUCCAUAAUUCAUAACAAUGGAGAGGGAAGUAGGAAACAAAGAGUUUUCAGAUACGAGGCCGCCUGGGACCUCAGAGAAGAUAGUACUAUCGUCCUUGAACAAGCCUGGAAAAGAAGUGAAAUGGGAGAUGAUUUAGCUGGCUCAUUGAGAGAUAAACUGGAAACCUGUCAAAAAUCUCUAACCAGAUGGGUCAAAAAUCACAACCAGGCCACAACCCUCGAACCUGGACCAUGA